UCUACUGUCGGGAACUGUACAGACGAGGGGAAACAUUCCUGAUGGAGUGGAAUACAGAACAAUUCCAAACUGUAUUCCAUGAGUGUGUUGUUUAAGGAGUGGAUUGCGCGCUCACGUGCAUCGCAAUUUUGAUUGAUGUAAAAUCAUUAAUGUAUGUGUUUUCGGUAAACAACAUCCUUUUGGGGAAAACAGAAUUUGCGCAGUGUGCUAUGAUGGAAUACGAUGAGGCGAAACGGGAUUGCUGGGAAUUCCACAAGUUUGACUCGCGGUAGAUAACUUGGAUUUGGUACCGUGUGUCUUGUUUGUGACUAAACGAGUAUUUUUAGGAUCUUUGGUGUCAAAUGGAUAUUUGUGAUGAAAACCCGACGUGUCUGAAUUUGUUUUGAGGGGGAUUGAGAGACAUGGACAGUGGUCGGUGUGGAGAGACUGGCAUCAACGGAUACGAGGAAGAUUUCCCGCGCCUGUUCUGCGGUGAAGGACUACCAGCGGGAACGCGCGUCUUUGGAAGAACCGAACCAGCUGAAGAGAGCGCGUGCCAUGACGCUUCGGGUGUCGGGCGGUAGAAAGCUGUAAAACCUGUGGUCAGGAGUUGACUGAGACGCGGUGAUGGGCUUUGCCAUGAGGCACCGCUGGUUUAUGGUGCCACUGCUAAUGCAGGCAUGGUUCUCUGCCACCCCCUGCUUCGGUGAUCGCCCUUGCCCCCGAAGCUGCCGAUGCGAUGGCAAGAUCGUAUACUGUGAGUCCAGUGCAUUUCGUGAUGUUCCCAAGAACCUCUCUGGUGGCUGUCAGGGCCUUUCCCUGCGAUAUAACAGCUUGGCGAGCUUAAAAGCUGGCCAAUUUGUCGGCCUCAACCAGCUCAUUUGGCUUUACCUGGACCACAACUACAUUGCCAGCGUGGAUGCUCGCGCUUUCCAAGGGAUACGGAGGCUCAAAGAGCUGAUAUUGAGCUCCAACAAGAUCACGCUGCUUCAUAACACCACGUUUCACCUGGUACCCAAUUUGAGGAACCUGGAUCUCUCUUAUAACAAGCUGCAAGCUCUACAGCCAGGCCAGUUCCAGGGACUGCGCAAGCUUCUCAGCUUGCACAUGCGCUCCAACUCCCUAAAGAACCUCCCGUCUCGCCUUUUUCAGGACUGCCGUAAUCUGGAGUUCCUUGACCUUGGGUACAAUCGACUGCGCAGCAUCACCCGUAAUUCAAUGUCGGGCCUGACGAAGCUGACCGAGCUGCAUAUCGAGCAUAACCAGUUCUCCAAAAUCAACUUCUUCAACUUUCCUCGUUUCUAUAAUUUGCGUGCGCUUUACUUGCAAUGGAACCGCAUUCGGACCAUGAGCGAAGGCCUCACGUGGACCUGGACGUCGUUGCAGAAACUAGACCUUUCGGGAAACGACUUGCAGGAGAUAGAUGCAGAGGUGUACCGGGCCAUUCCGAACUUGCAGACACUUAACCUAGAUUCAAACAAGCUUGUCAAUGUGUCGCAAGAGGUUGUGGAUGCCUGGGCCUCUUUGACCACAAUUAGUUUUGCUGGAAACAUGUGGGACUGUGGAGCAGUUGUGUGUCCCCUAGUGGCCUGGUUAAGAACCUUCCAUGGAAACAAGGAAAUUAAUAUGAUAUGUGCGUCACCCAAAGAAGUUCAAGGUGAGAAGGUUAUGGACGCCGUUGACGCCAGUGGAGUUUGCAGGAUUUCCUCUGCUACACCAUCGAUAACAAUUGUUCCAUCUGUUCCGUUCGUUGCAUUUGCCCAAACCCCAGCCAGCUCUUUUGUCCCAACCCUCAAAUCUGGAGAUAGCAGAAGGGGCCAAGGCACGUCCUUGAAAGAUGCAACCUCUUCAGUACCUUCUCAGCCUGCUGUCCCACCUCCCGAGCAAGAUUUUGAGCCGGUUUCCUUCCACAAGAUAGUGGCGGGAAGCGUUGCCCUCUUCUUGUCAGUUGCCAUGAUCCUCCUGGUAAUUUACGUCUCGUGGAAGCGUUACCCAAGCAGCGUUAAGCAGCUGCAGGAAAACUCAGCUGCAGCUCGGAAACGGCGAAAAAAGUCACGGGAGACAGAACGCACGCUCAGCACGCCAUUGCAGGAGUACUAUGUGGACUACAAGCCUAAUAACUCGGAGGGGACGGAUGUGCUGGUCAAUGGUACUGGACCGUGCACAUACACCAUCUCUGGCUCCCGAGAGUGUGAGGUGCCUCACCAGAUGAGCACGCUGACCUUCUACAGGUACGAGCAGCCCAUUGUGGACUACUGCCAGGCCCAUCAACCCCUGCGGCUAAACAUGAGCUAUGAGGGUCCCCCGCAAAGCAUGGAGGGGUUGGAGGACCUUCCCACCCGCGAGAGGAGCACCAUCCAGACUGUGGCCCUUCCGGCUGUGCCCACCAUCAAAACGGGUCCUCCGGGGCCCUGUUCCCCACCCAGUCAGAGAGCUCCUGGUGAGGGGCCCUGCAUCCCUUACCCCACCACAGAACGCUCCAUUAACUAUCCAACUACAGAACGUUCCACCAGCACUCUCACUUUUAGACGCUAAAAGCCCCUUGUGCAAAGCAAAGCAUGAUGGGUAACUCAAAAGAGGCUGUGCCUGGGUGGUGAUCCAGAUUCCAGCAGGGCGUCUCAAACUUUGCGUACUGCUGCGGCAUCUUCUGUGCAAACUGUUUCUCACGAACAUAGAGAUGUGACGAACAUGCCCACAAUGUUGCCGGAGGUUAGAGGAUCUGGCGUACGUUACACUUCUAUUAUGGAGUGUAGUGUAUCCUGGAAAAUUGGAUUCCAUGUUUUUGUCCAUCUUUUCAUUGUUCCCAAUCAAAGGCCUGCGUGUUUUUUGCUUGCCCCGUCCUGCUCAAUGGCAAAUUGAAAUCCAAUGCAACGUGCAUGAGACGUUAAACUUGGCUUCGGUUGCAUUCACCCCCUGCUCUAUACCGCCGCUACGGGACGCCGCCUCUGUGGAGUAGAUAAUGGUGAUCCUCCCGUGCGGAGUGAGAAAUUAAAAGGAAUCUGCAAUAAACAAGUUUUUUGACAAGGAGUAGAGAGAGAACGAGAGAGAGAGAGAAUACGAAAAGAAACAAAUUAAUGUUCACAAGAGCUCUCACUGAUAUUUUCAUUUAGUUGCCAGGGAGCGUCCAUUAAUGCAUCUUAUUAUUUGAUUAGGAAGACAGAUCUGUCCAGACAUGGGCAUGGAAGAUCUUCAGUAUAAAAACGCAUUCAUUCAAAUCUAAAUGAAGAUUGACACGGCAAGGUCGUUCAGUGUGCACAUGUACCAAAGAUCAGGCUUCUUUAGAUGUACAUAUAGCUUGUGUUUCUUUUCAGAAUAUAAUCAAAUACAUCGGUAUGCGUCUACUGCUUACUGUAACGUGAUGUUUUUUGCGACAUUUCACCUGAUUUAAGUUCUGCUCCAUUCAGUCCAGUUAGUACUGAAAACUAGAGCUGAAGAAUACAAACAAACUUUGCAUUUGUAGGCUACCUGUUUUCCUAACGGUGUACACGUGCGUUUGCUUGCUCUGGUGUCAUGUUGGAGUCACCAUACUUCAACCAGAAAUAUAUUUGACGCAAGUAGUCAAACACGGUCCUGCUCUGAAUGUGCGUGGUCGUAAUAAAAUAAGGGACAAAUGACUGUGGUCGUAAUUAAAUGAGGGGCAGAUGACUGCGGUUGUCAUAACAUAAGGGGUUAAAACGGUGUGCCGUUAAAUCGGAUGUGUUGUUAGUCAGGUAGCGAGCUUUGAACAAGACGGUUGAGAAGUGUGAGCUAAAUCUUUAAAUUGUUAAUUCCACUUUGAAAAAGAAAUACUUCGCUAAUGUUCGCUAUAGAGCCCCUUGUGGCUACGCUUAGAAUGCAUUCGGACAUUUCGAAACACAACAGUGCGUAUAAACUCAUUUCCGCCAGUGUGUGUAUUUGCAAAGAAUAUGUUUCAGACCAAAAAGCUCCUAACCCCACCUCAAAUGGCUUCCUAAUUAUCUAUAGAAAAUGAUUUAACAGUCACAAGACUUGAACGUCUAAUGAGGACCUCCAGAUUUAUAUUACCGAGUAUUAGCCAGUUUCCAUCAGCUCAGAGUUCAUACAGAGGUGGUCAGUAACCUCAGGUCAUUUAAUCUUAGAGAUUUUUGUAUCCAGAUGUCACUUAACAAGUAAGCUACCUAGAUGAAAUUGCUACAAUUGGACGAAAUAGCAAGAAGUACAAACAGGAGAGACCAGGGGCAAUUGUAACAUUUAUUUCAUUUCAAGUCACAGACUGCUACAAAUCUUGUAUUUAGGUACAUUAAGAGCAUUAUACGUGAGAUAGAAUACUGUUUUAAUGUUGUGAGCUGAUUAUAACAGUAGUUCGAGACAACUUAAAACCUAUAUGAAACAUUAAUAUAUAAAAUAUAUGAACCUCUUGCAUCUCCAAAGAGCACACAUUCACAUAAACUUAUUGCUUUAAUUUUACUGAAUAGCUUUUGCCUUUAUGUAAUACUAAUUCAUUUAGCUGUCAGAAAUAAUGUUUGUUUAAAGCAAAUGUUUAAGUGGGACCAACACUAUGAUUAUUUAAAAUGCAUUAAAUCCUUACACUAAUAUACCAGCAGAUUUUGUUUUUACUGUCUAGUGUUACAAUUGCUCCUGACCUCAGAUUUUUCUUUGAGCAUGUGCAGGAAAAAGUCUUAUCACCCCAGAUUAUUUAUAAAAAAAAAUAAUUUAUAAAGAAUUGAUACAAUUGUACUUCCCCACCUACUUCAGUUCUUUACCUAAUACACACUCUACUAAAAUUACUAGUAGUCUAACAUUCAAUCAAUUGAAGAGCAUCACUCGCCAUAGUUAAGUUACUCAUUGAAACCAGCAAGAACUGUCAUGUUGGACAUUACAAGGCAUUGUCCAGUCUCGAAGAAGUUAAGUUUCCCUGAACACUGGAUCACAAAAUCUUUUUUCUCUGCAAAACCCUGAAAAAGACUUUUGAAAGACAUAACAAAUAUGGAAAUAUUGCCUGUAAACACAGAUGUUUUUUCACCUGGCGUGCCUGUGUCUGUGGACUUAUGAAUGUGGACAUGGAACCUCACUAUUGGUCAAUGUGGACACUGCUUUGUUCAACCUGAGCUCCGACCAAGGCUCCAGAACAAUGGCUGGUGGUGACAUCAUCACCUCUACUUCUCAAGAGCCGUGAAAAUUGCCCUGGCCACCCUCGUAAUGGUCACUGAUAAAUAAACCGGAACGCUCCACACGCAGAGACAUGCGAGGUAGGAGUGGAGGGAAGAUCGCACGACAGCCGCCGACACGAUUACCUUCAUAUGUUUAUCUUGUAAAUAGAGAGCAUAAAGAAACAUACUGUUAUGCUUCUUUUGACACAAACGUUUUGUGAAACGGACAGAUGCUAAACUGUUUAACCGCGCACCUGAUCAAAGAUUACGCUUGUAGAGACUCUUGUAUGACCCCUCAUGUCCAAGAUUGAUAUUUUUCUAUCUGCUAUCUCAUUUAGUUCCUCAUCUCACGGCCAUCAUAUAGGUUUUUCUAUUCUUUGUAUCACUUCCCCAACAAUGUUUGUCAUUGAAAGGUGGAUAUCAAUGCUUAAGCCUUAUGAUUCUUCACAAGCCUUGCGUUAUGUUUUCUAAACAAUAUCAACUUGUUCACCGAGAGCGGCUUGUUGUUUGUUCCAAGGCCGUGUGCAUGAUGUAUUGGGUACAUUGGCUUGAUGUCAUUAGGAAAAUGCUAAUAGGCUUACCUGCCCACCACAUUUCAAUUCUAAGUAAGUUGCGAGAACUUUACAACCUCAUAAAACGUUCCUCACAGCAAGGCAUUAGCAUUGAUGCAGAAAUCUAUACGUAGGCUGUGUUGUGUAGGGGGAAAAGAAGAAAAGGAAAUUAUGUCAUAAAAUAUAUAUAUAUAUAUAUUUAGAUGAAUUGUAUAAACAUAAAAUUGAUUAUAUUCAUAACUGAUUAUAUAGUUUAUACGCAUGAGCUCAAUAUAAAUGGGAUUAUUUGUUUGAUGGGGUAUCGGCAUUUGGCACACAGCCAUCUAUUCAGAAAUGAAUCAUUCGACCAUUUUUCAGUUCCAAACUAAUUAACUAGGAACGCCAGUGAUCGCAUCCAAUCACGUCUGCGUUACCUUGACUGAAUCCCCCAAGCCAUCAUUCAGAGCAAUGAUUCACCUCCUCCACAAAAUGUUCAAUCUUAUGUAAUAUCCUCUUUCCAUAAUUCUGCAAUAUAGCAGCGAAAUGUGCUCUUACAUGUUUGCUUUUUCGGUCUGUUGAUACAAACUCAUCAGUAAACCAAGCAACCGUGAAGUGUUUUGUCUAUGGAGCUUUAGGGUGUAAUUUCGCUAAUGUACUAACAAUUUGCUGCUAUGGUCAUUUAGGUAAGACAUUUGUUUUCUAUCACGCCCAUGCAUCUUCUCUUUGGCGGCGUUUUGCAGUUUGCGUCGGGCGCCGUGAUUUGGUUUUAAUGUUUACAGAGCGAAACAUUUGUUUUUGAACGGAAACGUUAGUGCACGUGCAAUUAACACUGCGGAGUGCGAAUGCGGCAGAUGAUAAUUUUAUACAUUUUUCUUUGCGUCGCAUUGAUGUUAUUUUUAAGAUUGGAGUGGGUGUAAUUCACUUAUAAUAGCGAGAGCACAUUGCAUUGAAGAUACGGGACGAUUUAGUUAAUGAAGUCGCAAUGAAAUUUAAAUGACAAACUGUAAUUUGUUUUGGAAUAUUGUGGUAUUUUUUUUACAAAUGACUUGUCAGUGCGCGUCAUUUUUUUUAUAUUCAUGUGCCCUCAUAAUCUUUAGGCUAAUCAAAGACGUAAAUCUGCUCACUUCCUCAAAACGAUCUUUCUUUGCUUUCGGUCAUGGGUUAUGGCGGGUAGGCUGGGCCUGGGAAAAGAUAGCAGCGGUUAGCAAACAAUCCAAUCAAUUAAACAAUCCAAUCAGUUCUCGAUAAAUGACUUUAAGUCUAGCCCUAGCCCUUUAUUUUAUUUCAGAAGCAAGCUGUGUGCCAAUUCAAAGGCUGCGACCUUCUAAGGACCUAUUUUAAGACCGUUUGCGUCACAGCAGCGCGACUUGAGGCUAGUAUGGUCGUCCCAAUUCAAAGGAUGCUUAGAAUGAAGCCACAAAAUGCGUUCUUAUUUCUCCGCGCUGUUAAGGACAGAACGAAUGUAUCGUUAACAGUCAAGGCUAUCCCAAGAUGCAUUGCGCGCCUGUAUCGGCUGAAUAUUUUAAAAUAAACAAUUAAAACUAGCACUUGGAAAAGAUUAAUCGCGAUUAAUCGCAUACAAAAUAAAAGUGCAUUUUUGCCUAAUAUAUGUGUCUGUACUGUGUGUAAUGUAUUAAAAAUAUAUUUAAACACACACACAUACAUAUGAAGAGUUUUGUUGACAAAACGAGAUAACUCAGUUUUUAACAUUUUUGUCAAAACAUGUUUUAUUAUUAUGUUAUCAUGUUAUUAUUGUGUUUUAUGGUGCUACUUAGCUGUAUUUUUUAAGUUAGUAAGGUUUAAAUCAAAACAUACCAACUGCAGUUGAAUUGAUAUUAAUUGGAAUGCACAACCAAAAAAUGAGAUUUCUGAAAAAUUUAAAAAAUACGGAGUUAUCUCGUUUUGCAACGAAACUCUUAUAUAAAAAUAUAUAAAAAUAUAAAUAAUUAUAUACUGUAUACACACAUGUAAAUGUUUCUUAAAUACAUACAUGAAUGUGUGUGUAUUUAUAUAUACAUAAUAAUUACACACAGCGCACACUUUUCUUUUGUAUGCGAUUAAUCUCGAUUAAUCUUUUCCCAGCACUAAUUAAAACCUUCAUUAAAUAAAAGUGUGUAUUUAUCAGAAAACAUUUUUAUUGUCACUGUUUUAGUAUUAUACGUUUUGUUUUGUGUUAACAAUAUUCUGUUUAUGUUGCGUAUAUUUCAAAGAUCGAUUAAUUUGAUACACUGUUGAAUAGUUUAAUCUACAUCAACGUGACAUAUUUUCUAAAAUAAAUUAAAAUUUUUCUGAUUCCAUAUUUAUUUUAAUUAGUCAGAAACGUCUCCGCUGUAUCCUGCUGAUCAGGCGCGGUGGGCGCAUGCAGCAGGUGACGCAAAUUAUGGGUCCUCCGAAGGUUAGACUGUCUCAUUUCGGUUCUCUUGGCGAACUUCUGAUGCUGCCACCUUGUAAGACCGACUGCUCACCUUUUAAGGUGGCAUGCUUAGAAGGUCGCAUCCCUUGAAUUGGGACACAACUUCAGUUUCACUUGGGGGUAUACGUCAACACAGAGAAAAUAAGACAAUCGCUACUUCUGUUUCAUUCCAACUUUAAUUCACACAAAAGACUGUAAAGCUGUACUAAAGAGUACGAAGUACUAAAAAGUACAAAGUUUGCCCUUCCAUUUUCAUUUUUUUUUUCUUUAUGGAUUGGUGGGUUUUCAUUUCCUUGCAUUUUUUUGGUGUCUGCUGGGAACACAUUUCUUCCUCAAGGGUAGAAUUGAAAUAAACACAAACUUUUUACUUCUGUGCAAACUCCUAAAGAAGUGUCUAAUGUAAAUAUCCAGAAGGACGAGGAGGAAAACCGCAACAGAAGGACUAAGAACUAAUCGCCCAUUUAUUCGCCCUGUGCAGCACAGCCGUAUAAACACUGAGGCAAAAGUCUGCUAUAAGGAGCUCGGCGCCGCACACGUGCGAACGCAUACAUCUGCUCAUCUCUGCAGACACUGAAAAAAGAAAACCCUUGCUUAUCUCCAGGCUUGCACAUGGCUUAGGUAGUGGUGUUGUCAGUCUGUAGGGGUUGGCCCAUGGGGCUAACAGCUGCCGCUAUUGUGGACUUGGCUUUGUCACCAUACUUAUUCUCUGUCUACUAAAUCUGCCACAUUCAGCCAGAGCGCCAGCCCACAAAACUCUUUAAACAUCGUGUGUCGUGGUUUGGUUGCAACUGAAUGCUGGACAAAAUGGCCAGGCGAAAUUUGGAACCAAGUGGCUUCGUUCCAAAAUCUGCAUUGUUGCCUACUACCUAGUGCUUUAAAGGUUGUUUCUUAAAGGAAAACACCACAAUCUUUCAAUAUUUUACUAUGUUGUUACCUCAACUUAGAUGAAUUAAUGCAUACCUAUCAUUUUUCAAUGCGUGCUCUUAAUCUUUGUAUAGUGUUUUGAAUAUUGUAUGGCAGAAGAACACUUACCCCGGAUUUCCACCAACUGCGGAGCAGAUGCAGAUCGGCUCCACUGCGUUACGGCUCAGGACUCCGCCGUCCGUCAAUACCCACCAGUUCCAUAUUUGUUGCAGAGCGGAUGCGUGCAGAAGUGACGAGGACCCAUGAGGUCUCGCAAAUUCACGUGAUGAUCUUGCGAUAUCUAGUUCUGUCUCCGCCCAUUAUGCCGUAAAAUUAUGACGUUUUGCUGGACCAGCCCAGAUCACAACACGAGAUCUCACCAAUUCAGGUAUGAUCAAGUGAUAUAGUCAUGGCUCUGCCCUGCGGAGCUGUCCGGCAUCCGGCAAAAAUAAAAGUUCUGCAUAUUUGUUCCGGAGGGCUGUGGAUGGCCGGAGCUGUGACGGAUUCGGAACGCAGUCAGUGGAAAUACACACAUUGACUUUAAUGGAAACCGACUGACUCCGCCGCCGCUCCGCAGUAGGUGGAAAUCCGGGGUUAGUUUGCAGCACUUCGGUAUAUAGUUCUCAUUUUGUAUCAGUUUUAUUUUGUGCUACCAAACUUGUGUAACUACUCAUGUAACAGUCUUUGAACAGAGAAAAUAUGGAAGUGUUUGAUGGCUUCUAAAUUCAUCCCUGUUUGGAUCCUAAGGAAUGAAUGGGGCUAGGCUAAAUGCUAACACAUUCACGACGUGCUGUAAAAAAAUGAAGUGCACCCAUUGAGAAAAGAUAAGUAUGUAUAAAUUUGUCUAAGUUUAUGUAAGAACAUAGUAAAAUAUUGAAAAUGGUGGUUUUCCUUUAAAAUUCAUGAAACAUCAUAAGAUUGAUUUAAAAUGGCACCACUUACACAAAGCGCCAUAAUAUGCUAUACCCUAAAAAGCAUAAAUAUUGAAUAUACCCAAAAAUAUUUGUCUAUUUACUUUACACUACAUUUUUAUUAAAUUGUAACUACUUUAUUUAUACUUUUGGAUAUGUAAUCAAUUAUAUUUCAGUCAAUGACCACCCAUCUAAAAUCAUUUUAUUGUGAUUUACUUUUUUCUGCAUAAAAUCAUCCUACAUAAUGAAAAGAACAUUGUGUAAAAAUAUAACUCUGAUAUCUUUAAUAUGGACUGAGUAAGGUCAUGUCAAAAAUUGAAAUUUAUAGAAAAUCAAUGAUUGAAAUCAAACUUUGAUGCUCCUAAUCUCGUAAUUAGAUUAUGAGACUUUAGUCUGGAUUUCAAAGACAGUACUCAUUUUGUGUCAUCACACAAAAACAGCCAAAAAGUGUCCAGCACAUGCGAGAACGUUUCGAAAGACAUCCCAGAAUGCACCUCUCUGCUGCUAGAUUGUUGCUGGCGGCAACCGUUUCUUGGUUACUAGAUCACAUCCCGCUUGGAGUCGGUCAGACGGUCACCCUGUAAUCUAGAUGUAGGCUGGCUGCUAUGAAAAAGAUAAAAUGCUUUCUCAGAUGCUUUCUCUCCAUCUCUGCAAAAUUAGCAUACUUCUAUUUGUGUUAUUUCAUAGUUUAUUCAUAAUAAUAAAGAAUGUGCAUACGUGACAAAGCUUUGACUGGUACUUGGCACAGUAUCUCCCACGCUUACACUCUGAACAGUUCAGCCACAAGGCUCUGGUUUUUUGUUUUGUUUUGCAAACCCAUCCAGCAUAAUUCAAGGUUGCCGUUUUGUUUUGUAAAGCAGUGUGCCUUGAAAAAAACGGUACUCAGCCAAGACCUCCAAUUCAAUACAGUGAAGUGAGCUGUAUAGACAGAGCUAUAGAAAGAGCCAUGACAUCACUGCUAAUUGUGUGGAUAUCAAUGAUCUGGGUCGUGAUGAUUUAUGGAGAACUCAAACUAAUGAUUCAAGCAAAAUUUGGCUUUUUGUUCCAAUUCAUUUUCUCCGCUUCAAUCUAUUAAUGGAUUACGUAGGGCAAAAACACAAUGAAAAGCAAUAUUGUCCCUCAUUUAUAUUCUCCCCCCUCGCCCCAGUUUGAACCUUUCAUUUCAUCCCCUGUAGGCCAUUAACUUCCAUAAAACCUCAUGUUUCUCUGGCUUUGCCUGGUCUCAGGCUGUGGGGUGUUGUUUUUUCUGUGGGGUGUAAAUAUGCAUUGUUAUAACCCUUUGGUUAGUUUGCUGUCGUUUUCUUUUGUUUUCAUCUGUACGCAGAUUGAAAACUGUUUUGUGAAGACCUGCUCCAAAUGCAAAAAUGUGGCUCUUUGAGUAUAUUAUUGUCAGAAAAAAAUGUUUUGUAAAAAUUUUGAUGAUGAGAUCAGAAAU